CACAGGAGGCCAAAGCAAACGGCAUUGGUGAGACCCUCGACGAGGGGGAAAAAUGAAAACAGAAAAUAAACUUCCCGUAACCGUAUCCAUCUUCAUCUCCCUCUCCGUGCAUCUGAUUCUAUAAGUCUCGUUUACUGCCUACCUUUCCAAGUUUUUCUUUUUUCCCUCUCUUUCUCUCGCUCGCUCUAUCUCUGGAUAGAUUAAACGAGCCGUCUUUUAAAACAUCGCAGGAUCAAAUUUCCAUGGAAAUGGCGUCUACUUCUUCGGUGAGCGAAGAACAAAGACAAGAACAGAAUCAACAAGUGGCAGUGAAAGAGGAGUGCGUCCACAAAACGAAGACAAUACAGUUCUUGGGUCGCACUACUCCUAUCGUUCUUCAAAACGACAAUGGACCUUGCCCUCUUAUUGCUAUCUGUAAUGUUCUUUUAUUGAGGAACCAUCUAAAUUUGAGCCCAGAUAUAGCCGAAGUUUCGCAGGAAAAACUAUUAUCUCUGGUUGCAGAACGCUUGAUUGAUUCCAACAGUAAUGUAAAUAAUAAAGAUGCAGGCUAUGUUGAAAAUCAACAGCAGAAUAUUGCAGAUGCUAUUGAUUUACUUCCGCGUCUUGCAACUGGAAUUGAUGUAAAUAUAAAGUUUAGGAGGAUAGACGAUUUCGAGUUCACCCCAGAAUGUGCCAUAUUUGAUUUGCUCGACAUCCCUUUAUAUCAUGGUUGGAUAGUUGAUCCUCAAGAUUAUGAUACUGCAAAUGCUAUUGGGUCAAAGUCCUAUAAUGCUCUUAUGGGAGAGCUUGUUGCCCUGGAAACACGAAACAUGGAAGGUGAAAGUAAGAAUAACCCUGAGGAAGAUUCUGUUGAUUUUGCAGCUGCAACCACUGCAACUCUGGGUGUUCCUUCUCCCUGUCUUUCCAAAGCGAGAUCUUUUGAUGAUUCUCCACGUCCAGUAUCUGAUCACCAGACAUUGAGGAAAGGGGACCUAGAAGAAGAAGCAGAGCUAUUGAGGGUCUUAAAAUUGUCAGAGAAUGAAUUGCCCACUUCUAUGGGUGAUGCUCUUGUAGCUGAUGUUAGUGAAGGAGUUCUGCCUACUGAUUCGGAUGAACAUACAUGUGCAAAGGGGGCUGUGCCUAUAAAUUCUGUAGACUUGUCAGAGGGGCAUAUUGCCAUUGAUAAUGGUCAUAGUGUCUUGAGCAGUGAUCACAGUAAUCUCAUGCAUCUAGGAAUUCUUCCAGGGGAAAUGACAUGUUCUGCUUCAAAGAUUGAGCAGAGGAACCCUUCAGAAACUCUUCCUGGGGAAUCGCUAUGUUCUCCCUCAAAGGUUGAUCAGAUUAACCUGGCUGAUCAAUCAACUUAUAAAGAAUCCAGAGGUCAUGGUUCUUGUAAUGCUAUAAUUGAGAAUUGCAGUGGUGAGACAUCAGUCCAGAUUGCAGGUGUACUGUUCUUAUCUGGAGGAAAAAAUGUCUUAUCUCGAGGAGGUGAAGUGGUUGAGAGUCAAUUGGCUUCCAUAACUGAUGUUCAUGAACCAGCAGAUAUUUCUGGCAGCCAUGACACAGCAGAAGUAUCAGGGUUAUCUACACCAAAUCUGGGUUCAGAUUCCUCUAGUGGCAGAAUGCAGAAUUUAGAUGUAUCUGAAACAUUUACUUCGAGUGUUGAUGGCAGUGAACCCAUUUAUGAAGGAGAAGAAUGCAUAUUAGAUUCAGGAGCUGCAGUUUUUGAACACCGAGAGCCUAUGUAUGAAGGAGAGGUGAUUCUUGCAGAACAGGCCGAUAAAACUAUGAGGUCAAAUGAUGAAAUCACACCACAAGAAGGGGAACUGAUAAGGAACUUCUUGAAGAACAAUGCUAGUCAGCUGACCUUUUGUGGCCUUUUUUGUUUACAAGAUGGGCUCAAAGAACGUGAACUAUGUGUUUUUUUCCGUAACAAUCACUUCAGCACUAUGUUUAAGUAUGAUGGUGAACUUUAUCUUUUAGCUACAGACCAAGGUUACUUGAACCAGCAUGAUUUGGUGUGGGAGAAACUAAAUGAGGUCAAUGGGGAUACAUUGUUCAUGACUGGCAACUUCAAGGAAUUCAAGGUGGAAAGUCAAGCAAAUGAUGCAUGGGAUGAGCACAAUGCCAUGGCCAGUACUGCUGACUAUAUUGCCAGCAUCGAUACUGCAACACAAGCUGGUUUGGAUAUAAAUUCUGAUCUGCAAUAUGCAAUAGCUCUGCAACAACAGGAGUUUGAGCAGCAGCAGCCGCAACGCCAUGAUGUGCAGCAACCUACUGUUAGUGGCAGUUCUGGACUGAUUACAGGUCCCCAGGUUGCUAGAGCUAGUGGGAAAUAUCCAUCUUCAUCUUCCAGGCCUGAAGCAAAAUCAAAGGAUAAGUGCAUUGUGAUGUGAGUUCUGCUUUAGGGCAACUUGGAAGUCUGCACUGUAAAUGUUUUGUGCCUUGGCUUCAUUUUGUCCAUGACACUAAUAAACUUAGGUAAUCAAUCAUACAUGUGAUUUAGAUAAAGUUUUUUUAUUGCAAAAAAUACAUAGUACCAUGUUGGUAGACUUUUAACUAUGUUUCUCUCUCCAUCUCUUUUGCUCCUAUCUAUGCAAGCUGCUUUAUUUUGUUGGAA